ACGCACAGACAGAAAUAUAUUUCUUUCCUAUUCCUCUCCUAAACUCUAACACGCAUGGUUUGCCAUAAACCCCAAAUUUAGAGAGACUAAUUAGGCUCUGUCUAGCCACUAAUAAGGCCAGAAAGAGGUCAAAGUGAAGAUUGCAGAAACAGUUCAAGCAGGUAAUUGCCUCUCCUUCCCUAAUUAUAUAUUCUUCUAAACAGAAUAUGAUCUUGUUAUUACAUACUAACAAACUGUUAAUUAAUUAAGUACUUUAUCAUUUUCUACUCAUUUUCUUUUCUUUUUUUCAAAACCCAAUUGAUGGAAUUCAUUAUUAGUCUACCACCAAAUCAUGAUGACUGAUGAGGCCACUCAAUAACGCACGCAUGUGAAAAAAGAUAAGGCAAAUGGUUGGUAUUUUUUUUUUUUUUGUAAAGUAGUGGAGAGAUAAGGCAACCUCCAAUUCUUUUUUUUGAAAGAAAAGUGAAUCUGGGGGAAAAUGUUAGUGUUGGAACAUGGCAACAGGGAGUAGGGACACCGAUCAUCACCAUUCUCACCGCCGGCCGUUUGCUACCGACGGCGAGCUCAAAGUAGAAACAUUGGGAAAGAAAGUAGAUAAAUCUGCUCCCAUGUACAAACCAACGGUCUAAGAAUUUAUACGAGAAACCCAGAUCUGAAAAUGGAGAACCUGAUCUAGUCAGGAAAGAAUGGGGGAAAAAAUGGAGAGGAGAGAGGAUGGAAGCCACCGGCGUUGAAGAGAGAGAGAGAGAGUCCGGAAAAGAACUAAGAAGAAGGGUAGACGGGGGAUAAGAUAAAAUAUUAGAAUGUCAUUUUUAGAUUUUAGCCGACAAAUCAAUCAGGUCGCCUGUCUGUGAGGGUAGAUUGCAGAAACGGCCACUGAAGUCUGUGAUCACUGACACAUCAGCCACCCAAGUUCGUUCUUUAACGAAUCUAUCACUGAAACUAAACCGAUAGCAUCUUUUAAUGUAAUGUUACGUUGCCGAUGUUCACUUACCUGAUCCAUCCGCUCAUUUGGAGAAUUUAACGAUGAUGAUUCUGUCCUCAUUCCACAUCUGAAACCACAGAGAAACUUUUUGGGAGCUCAGAGAAAUGAGGAAGGAGGAAUUCCUCAGCAAUGGCACUGCUUUGUCGAGCAGCAGCGGAAGCAAAAGCACUGAGGACAAGGAAGGAGGAGUUUGCCGCAACGAUUUCCCUCCUGAUUUUGUCUUCGGAGUUGCCACUUCUGCCUAUCAGAUUGAAGGUGGCGCCAAUGAAGGUGGUAAGGGGCCAAGCAUUUGGGAUGCGUUCACCCACAUUCCUGGGACUACACUGGAUGGAUCCAAUGGUGAUGUGGCUGUGGAUCAUUACCAUCGCUAUAAGGAAGACAUUGAACUGAUAUCUAAACUGGGAUUUGGGGCAUAUCGGUUUUCCCUGUCAUGGUCUCGGAUAUUACCUGAUGGUACUGGAGAUAGAGUUAACGAUGAAGGGGUUGCAUUCUACAACAACCUUAUAAAUAGUCUCUUAGAGAAGGGCAUUGAGCCAUAUGUAACAUUAUAUCACUGGGAUCUUCCUCUGCACCUCCAAGAAGCUCUCGACGGGUGGUUAAGUAAAGAUAUUGUGAAGUACUUUGCCAAGUACGCAGAUGUUUGCUUUGAAAGUUUUGGUGAUCGGGUUAAGAAUUGGAUCACAAUUAAUGAACCACUCCAGACAGCAAUUAAUGGACAUGAUAGUGGGAUAUUUGCACCUGGAAAAUGUGAGAAACCCAAAACAGAACCAUAUUUGGCUUCUCAUCACCAAAUCUUGGCCCAUUCAGCUGCUGUUUCUGUAUACCGGAGAAAGUAUAAGGAGAAGCAAAAAGGACAGAUAGGUUUGGUGGUGGACUGUGAAUGGGCAGAAGCUAACUCAAACACUCCAGAGAACAAAGCUGCUGCAGCCAGGCGCCUUGACUUUCAGCUUGGAUGGUACUUGCACCCAUUGUACUAUGGAGAGUAUCCCAGUAGUAUGCGUGAAAUUCUUGGAGAUCAGCUGCCUGAGUUUACAAAUGAAGAGAAACAAGAGUUGCUUCAGAACUCGAUGGAUUUCAUUGGUCUAAAUCACUAUACUUCAAGGUUCAUCACUCAUGCACCCGACAGUGAUGAGCCAAGUUACUACUACAGAGCACAGGCAAUGAAGAGAAUUGAGGAAUGGGAAGGAGGUGAACCAAUUGGUGAAAGGGCGGCUUCGGAUUGGCUUUAUGUUUGCCCAUGGGGACUGAGGAAGGUCUUAAACUACAUGGCAAAGACAUACAACUCCCCGAAAAUAUACAUCACAGAGAACGGGAUGGAUGAUGAAGAGAGAGAUGCCCCACUGGAAGAAAUGCUGGACGACAAGCUGAGAGUCCGCUACUUCAAAGGGUACCUUUCAUCUGUAGCUGCGGCAAUAAGGGAUGGAGUGAACGUGAAAGGGUACUUUGCAUGGUCGUUGCUGGACAAUUUCGAGUGGGCACAAGGCUAUACGAAACGUUUCGGAAUAGUGUAUGUGGAUUACAAGAACGGGGUGCUGUCUCGCCACCCCAAAUCCUCUGCAUACUGGUUCUUGAGGUUCCUUAAAGGUGGUGGCGAUGGGGAAGGGAAAGACACCAAGCAAGAUUGAGUUUUCUACUACAACUUAUGUGGUUUGCUUGUUGAAUUUUCUGUGAUCAAAACCUGAAUAUGGAAUAUGAAGGAUUUUAAUAUGGAUUUGGACGUAAUGGAUAUGAAAAUUUAAUUUUUGUUUGUUGGAUUUGAACAUGCAUUUUAUGUUGUCGAGUUUAUGUAUUUAAAAUCUAAAAUUACUUUACUAUCCUUAUUAAUUUUCAAUUAUUACUUCAACCAUUGAAAGUCAAGUUGGUAGUCUAAAAUAUACUCCAAACACAUUCAAAUAAUGUCUGGUUACUAAAUAGUAAGCAACAAAUACUGGAAGUUAGAAUUAGCUGUAGGGUACUUGAUUUUUUUUUUCUAUGACUUGGAGUUUUAAGAAAGUAUAUUUCUGACU